AGUCCGGCGAAGACCAGAGCGUAAAGACACGUAGAGAGACGCGGCGCGCAAAGAGUUCAGACCGGAGUCGAAUCGCGGGUGACGAAUUGUCGUUAAAAGUUAUCCCCGUUGUGUGAGGAACACGCGACGCGCACGGUGAGAAACGCGGAGCGCGAAGCACGCAACGCAACGGCGGUGGCAUCCCUGUCCGCGCACUGUCCGGUGAGCGACCGUGGUUCUCGGCCGUCCGUCAUAUUAUAUUCCCGGCCCAAGAGAGAGAAAGAGAAAGAGAGAGAGACAGAGAGAGCAAGGUUGCUGGCACGUAGUUGGUGGUGUUGCGACGCAGCGAGAGGCGGAGGGGAACGGCGGUGUGCCGCGUACGGAGCCAGGAGAGAACGAGCGUGCGGAACUGAACGGCCAUGGAGAAACGGAUAGAGCUCGAGAAGCGGGGAAGGAACCCCGGCGACAUCAAAGAACUUGUUCUGGAUAACUGUCGAAGUACGCAAAUCGUAGGCUUGUCAAAUGAAUUUAGUGCUCUGGAGUCACUAAGUCUCAUUAACGUGGGUCUUACCAGUUUAAAAGGCUUUCCCCAGUUACCGAGUCUCAAAAAGCUGGAAUUGAGUGACAAUCGGAUUUCGGGUGGUUUAAAUUUGCUGGAUUCCAGUCCGAAAUUAACUCAUCUCAACUUGAGUGGAAAUAGGAUUAAAGAUCUCGAUACGUUACAGCCGCUGAAAGCCUUUAAGAAUCUGAGGAGUUUGGAUCUCUUCAACAAUGAGGUAACCAAUAUGGAUAAUUACAGAGAGAAAGUCUUCAAUCUUAUUCCUAGCCUGCGAUAUCUUGACGGAUAUGACAUUGACGAUUGUGAGGUUGAUGAAAGCGAAGGAGAAGAAGAUGAAGUCAAUGGAAACGAAGACGGAGAUGGUGGCAAUGAGGAAGACAGUGAAGAUGUUUCAGAUGAGGAAGACGAUGAAUUCUUAGAUGACGAUCCGGGACUGGAUGCUGUUUACAAGGAAAAUAUCGAAGACAGUGACGAUGGAGACUACUUGGGAGAGGAGGAAGAAGAAGAUGAGGACGAAGAAAACGAUGAGGAUGACGAGCAGGAAGAAGAGGAAGAGGAGUCUCCCGUUCGAGGAAAGAAGAGAAAAAUUGAUGACGGAGGAGAAAAUCAACACGAUUAAGAUGGAGAAUAACUGUCUCCAGUACUGUUGUAUGAAUGUAAAAUCCGUAUAAAUAAUAACAAUAAUUGCCGACGCCGAGUGAACAGCUGGGAAUCAAACUAAUCGACCGACCAAUGACAGACUACAGUUAGUGAUGUGACUUUAUCAGUAAAAAUCAUUGAUCGCGGAAAAAAUCGAGUAACACAGAAAAAAAGAUUUACCAUUUAUGGUAGAAGAGAUGCGAAAUGGGAAAAAUAUGAGAGAGAAGAAAAACAUAUAAUGACAUAUAAAUAGGGCUGCAUUCCAGCUGGACACAGCACACAGUUUUAGUUAUACUAACGAUAUUUUAUAUAUAGAGUAUAUAGUUAGAGAGUAUUAGCGGCGUUGCACGGAGUGGUCGAUCGGAUAUUAAAUAAUUCGAAGAGUGUGAGAAGGAGAAAAAGAGAGAGAGAGAGAGAGAGAGAGAGUGUGUGUGUGUGUGUGUGUGUGUGUGAGAGAGAGAGAG